AUGGCCUCAGUGAGUAAGGGACUCGGUCGCCUAUCCCGAUUAUCCCAGCUAUCAGCAGUCUCCAUUACUCGUGACAAGAGCCGAAAAACCAACCUCGAAUCUCCAGUGCAUAUGCUGUUGUCCAGUCCUACCAGCAACAUGUCGUCGGACGUACGAAAGCAAAACUCGAAGAAACUGGCUCACCUUACGAAUGCUAUCAUGUACGGCAUUAUCAACUCGAUCUUAGCCAUCCCAGCCAUAUAUGGUUACACCGUCAUCAUCUUCAGUCACCGCGAUUUCCAAGAUUUCAUGCCAGCACUUUCCAAGCUCGUCGUCUACUCCAGCGUCGUUCACCAAAUCAUGUUCACGCUCAUGAGCUCGAUGCCGUUCUCCAUCGGACAAGUACAGGAUGGUGGACUUAUCUUCCUCAGCACCAUGGCUACUUCCAUUUGCAACUCCUUGGGUGACAACGUUCCACUUGAGGCCAAAGUGACAACAUCCGUCGUCACUAUCGGUAUCGCCACAGCUCUAUUCGGUAUCUGUCUUGUCGUCAUGGGGAAGAUGAAGCUGGCCGAGCUUGCAUCGUAUCUGCCGAUACCCGUCAUCGGAGGCUACUUGGCUUUUAUCGGCAUAUUUUGUCUCUAUGCCGGACUCGCACUCUGUACGGGUUUAAUCGUCAACAACAUCGAGUCCAUGAUCAAUGUAUUCGAUAACCCACACGAUAUCCUGCUGUGCGUUCCGGGUGUGCUUGGUGGUGCCUUCCUCCUCGUUGUGUCCCAGCGCUACGACAACUCAUUUAUUCUAUCUGCGGCGAUCAUGAUCAUGCCCGUAGUUUUUUUCUUUAUCCUGUUGGUUGGCGGAAUCUCAAUGGACGACGCACGCGAUGGAGGGUGGAUCGACCCCGCCACGGAGCCCGCCACAGUCACGGAUUUGAUCAACCUUUUCGAUUUCUCUCAAAUGCAUUGGAACGAAUUACCGAAACAGUUUGGAACUUGGGUCGGCAUGGUGUUCAUCGUGGCAUUCGGGUCUUGUCUGGAUAUUGCAGCUAUCGAGCUCGACAUGGAUAGAAAACUAGACUUCAAUCAGGAGCUCAACACGGUUGGCUGGUCCAAUGUGGUGAGUGGUCUGCUAGGUGGGUGCACGGGCUCCUACAUCUUUUCGCAGACUAUAUUCACGUACCGCUCGAAGACCAACUCACGUAUCGUUGGUGUGUGCGUGAUCAUCGCGGAGACUGCUAUCGUGGUGGCGCCAGUGUCCGUCAUGAGCUACGUGCCAAGAUUUUUCUUUGCGGCGACACUUAUCUUCAUCGCCAUUGACCUCCUGAUUGAAUGGCUCGUGUUGGCACGCAAGCAGAUGUCGUUGCGCGAAUAUGCAGUAUUGUGGGUGACCUUCAUUUCCGUGAACCUUGUGUCACUCGAAAUGGGCAUAGCUAUUGGUGUAGGCAUUGCGAUUUUGAAUUUCUUGUUUGGCUUCAUUCGUCUACCUGCUGUGGAUCGGAAAACUCGCUCUUCUGACGCGGAACGUACCCUCACAGGCAUUGCGAUUUUGAAUUUCUUGUUUGGCUUCAUUCGUCUACCUGCUGUGGAUCGGAAAACUCGCUCUUCUGACGCGGAACGUACCCUCACUGAACGCCAAAUACUGGACCAGAAGAGCAAGUCUAUCGCAUACUUCGAGUUGAGAGGUUUCCUCUUCUUUGGAUCGUCAGUGCAGAUCCUCGAUCGUGUCCAGAAAGCGGUGUAUGUUCGCAAGUCAUUAGCUGCUGUCGAUGAUGACGGUGAUAGGGCAUACUACUAUAGCGAUGCAAGUGUGCUACUGCUCACUCCUAACGAGAACCGGACGCCGUUGAUCGAGUGCCUAGACGGAACCCCAGCAAGUAAUCCUGGCAUUGUGGAGACCGAGUAUGUGGUCAUGGACUUCACUGGUGUCACGGCGGCAGAUUCCACGGUGGUACGGAGUGCUUUCCUCAUCCUACAAAAGUACUGCAGCAAUCAUGGUAUCACCGUUGUGUACGCUGGGGCGAUACCCGAAAUUCAAAUGUUGCUCGUCAGGAACAAUAUCACGGACGAGGGGAGCUUCUUUUCGAGCAGUAGUUCCGCGCUUGAGUUUUGUGAGACACAACUACUGAGUAGCUCAGAUAUUUCAGUGGAAAUACGCUCUUGUAGUCUCAACAGAGAGUCCAGUAGCCCAGCCUUUCGCCGGUAA